AUUUAAUAGUGUCACGUUAUCACGUAUGUGAAUCUGCAGCAUUGAAGAAAAGAAAACGCAAGAGUGCACUCGUCAGGGCAGAAGUCUCCAUUAGGCAAGCCGCGUGUGGUGAUAACUGAAACUCUCGCUGUUUCGAAUACCGUUCGGAUAAUAUAUUGUGGAUGUAUGUUUACUCGUUCCAUCAUGUUCAUCGUUCUGGUUUGGUUAUUUUCGUUGGAUGCAGUUGUCUCACAGCACUGCGAAACCAAAGAUCUAAAACCUUUUGCAAAGGCAAUACCGGUGACAGGUUCGAAGUACGUUACAGCUGAAUACUAUUGUUUCGGAACAAAGACCAUGAGAGUUCCAGUCGAUUUCCAAACCAACAAUUGUUUUCUGGACUACGAAGUGACAACCAAGCAGGUAUGCUGCGACGGAUACCAUAUGGUUGGUGAACAAUGCAUUCCGGUGUGCAAAAAUGGCUGCGACAAUGGCCGGUGUACGGCUCCGGAAGUAUGCUCGUGCAACCAGGGAUAUCUGAUGGUGAACAAUAGAUGCAUUGCGCAGUGUGCGAAUUGCAACAAUGGAAACUGUGUGGCGCCCAAUCAAUGUGUUUGCUCAGAUGGGUUCGUCAAGAACAAUGCUGGUCUGUGCGUUCCCAAGUGCAAGGAUGAGUGCGUGAAUGGAAUUUGCAACGAGUUGAACCAAUGUGUCUGCCGUGAAGGGUAUUUCUUCAACGAAAAGCUUUUGGAUUUCGGAAUACGCAAUAAUACGGUGUGCACCGCCAAAUGUGACGAACCCUGUGAGAAUGGAGUGUGCACAGGGCGCAAUACGUGUGAGUGCCUUUUCGGAUAUGAGUUGUCCGAGACUAAUCAGUUCGUCUGUAGUCCAGUUUGCGAUCGCUCUUGGAUUGACUGUUCCAAUGGACAAUGCGUUGCACCGAAUAAAUGCGAUUGUCACGUCGGUUUUAAGCUGGCAGGAAAUCAAUGUGUUCCGGAGUGUGAUCCAGAGUGUGAAAAUGGAAAUUGUAUCCGUCCAGGGGAAUGCAAUUGUUGGGAUGACUAUCAAAAAGCGAACGAAUCGCAUAAAUGCAUUCCCCUGUGUGAUCCUCCGUGCGAGAACGGCACUUGUGUGGGCGUUCAUCAAUGCAGCUGUCUCAACGGAUAUCAGCAAGUCAACGGCAGUCACUGUGAACCGGCGUGUGACUCACGCUUCACGAAUGCGGCCAACGGAAGCUGUAUUGCUCCGAAUGUUCUACGUUGCGAUGCGGGCUUCACAUUGCAACUAAAUGAUGAAUCUAAGCUAGUAUGUGAACUGAAAUGCAGCCCUAGAUGUAUCAACGCCAGUUGUUUAGACGACGGUUCCUGUCAAUGCUGGGAUGAGUAUCAACAGGUCGCAGGAAGCUCAUACGAAUGUGAACCGAUUUGCAAUCCACCGUGUGAGAAUGGUCAUUGUGUUGCUCCGAAUUCUUGUUCUUGUGAGGAUGGCUAUCGAAAAACUGAAGCUAGUUCCAAUGUUUGUUCCUUCUACUGCAAUCCAGAAGUUGUUGACUGUAUGCUUGGAACUUGUACAGACGUGGACACUUGUGAUUGCCCGGAUGGCUAUGAGUUAACGGAAGGCGAAGACACCAUUCUAAGGUGUACCCCACUGUGCAGUCCUCCUUGUACAAAUGGACACUGCGUUGAUACGAAUGAGUGCGUCUGUCUGAUCGGGUUCAACCAAGUCAACUCCUCGUACUGUGAACCACGCUGUGACCAACCUUGUUCCAAUGGAGUCUGCAGCAAUCCCAAUAAGUGUAGUUGUAAUGAAGGAUACACGAAAAUUAACGAAUAUGAUUGUGAACCGUUCUGUGAUCCGAAUUUUAUGAAUUGCACUCUGGGAUCUUGUGUCGGCCCUAACAAUUGUUCGUGCUCGGAAGGUUAUGAGCUAACUAGUCAAAACGGUGAAUUACUACAGUGCAAUCCAGUUUGCGAAAAACUUCCGGAAAACACUAUUUGUGUAGCUCCCGGAGAAGUCCGUUGUCUUGAUGGUCACGAACCCAGAGAUGAUGGUUCCUGUGGUCCCGUUUGUGAGCAUGAUUGUGGCGAAGGAGUCUGCGUUGCACCUAACGAGUGCCUUUGUCAUCCGGGGUAUGCAGUAUUUGAUGAUCCAUGGUGCGUCUCAAUCUGUGAAAACAACUGCACCGUGGAACAAGGAACCUGUAGUGAUUUGCAUUGUGUGUGCAAUGGGGGCUAUGGUAAUCUAGAAAGUCCAUACUUUUGUCAACCAAUAUGUGCGGGUUGCAAAAACGGGAAUUGCGUUGCGCCGGAGGAUUGUGAGUGCUUCGAUGGCUAUGAGCUCUCGAACGUUACAAUGAACUGUGAUCCUAUAUGCAGCAAUUGCACCGAAGGUUGUUGCAUCGCUCCGGAAGUUUGCCAGUGCCAACAAUCAGAAAAGUUCUCUAGCGCUUCUUCGACAUCCUAUUGGAUUCUAAUUUGUUGCGUAGUGGCCGUCUCCGUUGUGGCAUCAGUUGCUGUUCUAAGCUACAAAUAUUACAUCAAUCAAAAAUUUAGUCGUUCAUACAGUUGCCAGUACGAUUCAACAACCGGAAAAACCUCCAUUGGAUCCGAAGCGCAGGUUGCUUCGUGAUGAUCAUAACCCCCCAUGUGGAGUAACCUAAAAGCUCCCUGUCACGUCCGGUGCGUGUGCUUCCUGGGACACCACUUCCAAAAACAUCCCUUAAUAGUUACCGCGUAUUAAAUUCUCAUUAGCGACAUCGUUUAUUAAAAUUGUUAUGGCCUUGUGUGCUGAGGCUGAUAUCCGUGAGUGAA